AUGGCUGAGAAGAUGUCAGACAUCUCAUUAGAUGCAGGUGGUGCCAAGAGGGCUCUGAGAGAGGAUCUCCGCAGGGCCCGGUUGGAGGAGGCCAUGGCCCUGUUCGGUUUCUGCAGUUCCUGUGGGGAGCUCCAGUUGUGGCUGGAGAAGCAGACAGCGCUGCUCCAAAGGGUGCAGCCCCAGGCUGACACCCUGGAGGUCAUGCAGCUCAAAUAUGAGAACUUCCUCACUGCCCUGGCUGUGGGAAAGGGCCUCUGGGCUGAGGUCAGCAGCUCUGCUGAGCAACUGAGACAGACAUAUCCUGGGAACUCCACACAAAUCCAACGACAGCAGGAGGAACUGAGACAGAGGUGGGGGCAGCUGGAGGCUCUGAAGAGGGAGAAGGCCGUGCAGCUGGCACACAGUGUGGAAGUGUGCAGUUUUCUGCAGGAGUGUGGACCCACACAGGUCCAGCUGCGAGACAUGCUCCUCCAGCUGGAGGCCCCGCAGCCAGGGAGCUCAGAGGACACCCGCCACGCCCUGCAGCUGGCCCAGAAGAAGACCCUGGUGCUGGAGAGGAGGGUCCACUUCCUCCAAAGUGUGGUCGUAAAGUACGGCCAGCGCAGUGGCGGCAUUGGGAGGCAGGUUGAGGAGUCAGGCUACGCAGAGAGCCAGCCUCUGCAAGGACAGGUGGAGAUGCUGCAGGGGCUGCUGAAGCAAGUACAGGAACAAGUGGCCCAACAGGCCCGGCGCCAGGCUGAGACUCAGGCCCGGCAGAGCUUCCUGCAAGAGAGCCGGCAACUGCUACUGUGGACAGAGAGUGUCCAGGCUCAGCUGCGCAGCAAGGAGGUGUCGGUGGAUGUGGCCUCGGCUCAGCGGCUGCUGAGGGAGCACCAAGACCUGCUGGAGGAGAUCCACCUGUGGCAGGAGAGGCUGCAGCAGCUGGAGGCUCAGAGCCAGCCCAUGGCAGCCUUGGACUGCCCAGACUCCCAAGAGGUGGCCAACACUCUGAGGCUCCUGGGGCAGCAGGGCCAGGAGCUGAAGGUUGUGUGGGAGCAGAGGCAGCAGUGGCUGCAAGAGGGGCUGGAGCUGCAGAAGUUUGGCCGAGAAGUGGAUGGUUUCACUGCCACCUGUGCCAACCACCAGGCCUGGCUGCACCUGGACAACCUUGGGGAGGAUGUGAGGGAGGCCCUGAGCCUGCUGCAGCAGCACCGGGAGUUUGGGCGGCUCCUGAGCACCCUGGGGCCUUGGGCAGAGGCUCUGUGGGCACACGGCGAGAAGCUGGUUCAGAGUCAGCACCCAGCUGCACACACGGUCAGAGAGCAGCUGCAGAGUGUCCAGGCACAGUGGACCAGGCUCCAGGGGAGGAGUGAGCAGAGGAGGAGGCAGCUGCUGGCUUCCCUCCAGCUCCAGGAGUGGAAGCAGGAUGUGGCAGAGCUGAUGCAGUGGAUGGAAGAGAAGGGGCUGAUGGCUGCGCAUGAGCCCUCCGGAGCGCGCAGAAACAUCCUGCAGACACUCAAGCGGCACGAAGCAGCUGAGAGUGAGCUACUCGCCACCCGCAGACACGUGGAGGCCCUGCAGCAGGUUGGGAGAGAGCUGUUGAGUAGGAGGCCCUGCGGCCGGGAGGACAUACAGACCAGGCUUCAAGGCCUUAGAAGCAAGUGGGAAGCUUUGAACCGCAAGAUGACUGAGCGUGGGGACGAGCUCCAGCAGGCUGGACAGCAGGAGCAACUCCUGAGGCAGCUGCAGGAUGCAAAGGAGCAGCUGGAGCAGCUCGAAGGGGCCCUACAGAGCUCGGAGACAGGGCAGGACCUGCGCUCCAGCCACAGGCUGCAGAAACGGCACCAACAGCUGGAGAGUGAGAGCCGGACCCUGGCUGCCAAGAUGGCUGCCCUCGCCUCCAAGGCCCAUGGCGUGGCCGCCUCCCCGGCCAUCCUGGAAGAGACCCAGAAGCACCUCCGGAGGCUGGAGCUUCUGCAGGGGCAUCUGGCCAUCCGGGGCCUGCAGCUGCAGGCCUCAGUGGAGCUGCACCAGUUCUGCCACCUGAGCAACAUGGAGCUCUCUUGGGUAGCCGAGCACAUGCCCCAUGGCAGCCCCACCAGCUAUACCGAGUGCUUGAAUGGUGCCCAGAGCCUUCACCGCAAGCACAAGGAGCUCCAGGUGGAGGUAAAAGCUCACCAGGGGCAGGUGCAACGGGUGCUGAGUUCUGGGUGGAGCCUGGCAGCCUCAGGGCACCCCCAAGCCCAACACAUCGUGGAGCAGUGCCAGGAGCUGGAAGGCCACUGGGCAGAGCUGGAGAGGGCAUGUGAGGCGCGGGCCCAGUGCCUGCAGCAGGCUGUCGCUUUCCAGCAGUACUUUCUGGAUGUGUCAGAGCUGGAGGGCUGGGUGGAGGAGAAGUGGCCGCUGGUGAGCAGUCGGGACUAUGGCAGAGACGAGGCAGCCACCCUCAGGCUCAUUAACAAGCACCAGGCUCUACGGGAGGAACUAGCCGUUUACUGGAGCUCCAUGGAGGAGCUUGACCAGACGGCCCAAACCCUCACUGGCCCCGAAGUCCCUGAGCAGCCGCGUGUGGUGCGAGAGAGGCUCCGGGAGCAGCUGCGGCCACUGCAGGAGUUGGCGGCCACACGGCACCAGGAACUGGAGGGGACCCUGAGGCUGCACGAGUUCCUGAGGGAGGCCGAGGACCUGCAGGGCUGGCUGGCAAGCCAGAAGCAGGCAGCCAAAGGAGGGGAGAGCCUGGGGGAGGACCCCGAGCACGCCCUGCACCUCUGCACCAAGUUUGCAAAGUUUCAGCACCAAGUGGAGAUGGGCAGCCAGUGGAUGGCUGCCUGCCGGCCGCUGGCAGAGAGCCUGCUAGAGCGUGGGCACAGUGCUGGCCCCAUGGUCCGUCAGAGGCAGCAGGAUCUGCAGGCCGCCUGGUCGGAGCUGUGGGAGUGGACCCAGGCCCGAGGCCACGUGCUCCGAGACGCCGAGACCUCCCUCAGAGUUCACAGAGAUCUCUUGGAAGUCCUCACCCAGGUCCAGGAGAAAGCCACGAGCCUCCCCAACAAUGUGGCACGGGACCUGCGUGGGCUGGAGGCCCAGCUGAGAAGCCACCAGGGGCUGGAGCGAGAACUCGUGGGCACCGAGCGGCAGCUGCAGGAACUGCUGGAGACUGCAGGCAGGGUGCAGAAGCUGUGUCCGGGGCCUCAGGCCCAUGCGGUGCAGCAGAGGCAGCAAGCUGUGACGCAGGCAUGGGCAGUGCUGCAGCGACGCAUGGAGCAGCGCCGCAUGGAGCGGCACAGGGCCCAGCUGGAGCGGGCACGCCUCCUGGCCCGCUUCCACACAGCGGUGCGUGACUAUGCCUCCUGGGCAGCCCGCAUGCGCCAGGACCUGCAGGUGGAGGAGAGUUCGCAAGAGCCUAGCAGUGGCACGCUAAAGCUCAGUGCCCACCAGUGGCUCCGGGCAGAGCUGGAGGCCCGGGAGAAGCUGUGGCAGCAGGCUACCCAGCUGGGCCAGCAGGCACUUCUUGCUGCAGGGACACCCACCAAGGAGGUCCAGGAAGAGCUUCGAGCCCUGCAGGGCCAGCGGGACCAGGUGUAUCAGGCCUGGGCACGGAAGCAAGAGAGGCUGCAGGCCGAGCAGCAGGAGCAGCUCUUCCUCAGAGAGUGCGGCCGCCUGGAGGAGAUCCUUGCGGCCCGGGAGGUCUCCCUGAAAACCAGUGCCUUGGGGAGCUCGGUGGAAGAGGUAGAGCAGUUGAUUCGCAAGCACGAGGUCUUCCUGAAGGUUCUGACUGCCCAGGACAAGAAGGAGGCAGCCCUGCGUGAGCGGCUGAAGACGCUCCGGCGCCCCCGGGUGCGGGACCGGCUUCCCAUCCUGCUGCAGCGCCGGGUGAGAGUGAAGGAGCUGGUGGAGAGCCGGGGACACCUGCAUGCCUCCCUGCUGAUGGCCAGCUUCACCCAGGCCGCAACCCAGGCUGAGGACUGGAUCCAGGCGUGGGCCCAGCAGCUGAAGGAGCCGAUCCCUCCUGGGGACCUGAGAGAUAAGCUGAAGCCCCUGCUGAAACACCAGGCCUUUGAGGCUGAAGUCCAGGCCCAUGAGGAGGUCAUGACCUCUGUUGCCAAGAAGGGAGAGGCUCUCCUGGCACAGAGUCACCCUCGAGCCAGAGAGGUCUCCCAGCGGCUGCAGGGCCUGCGGAAGCACUGGGAGGACCUGAGGCAGGCAAUGGCCCUCAGGGGCCAGGAGCUGGAGGACAGGCGGAACUUCCUGGAGUUCCUGCAGAGAGUGGACCUUGCAGAGGCCUGGAUCCAGGAGAAGGAGGUGAAGAUGAAUGUUGGUGACCUGGGCCAGGAGCUGGAGCACUGCCUGCAGCUCCGACGGCGGCUCCGCGAGUUCCGAGGAAACUCGGCCGGGGACACAGUGGGUGAUGCCCGCAUCAAGAGCAUCAGUGACUUGUCACUGUAGCUCAAGAACCGGGACCCCGAGGAAGUCAAGAUCAUCUGCCAGCGGCGAAGCCAGCUCAACAACAGGUGGGCGAGUUUCCAUGGCAACCUGCUCCGGUACCAGCAGCAGCUCGAAGGGGCCUUGGAGAUACACGUGUUGUCCCGAGAGCUGGACAAUGUCACCAAGAGGAUUCAGGAGAAGGAAGCCCUGAUCCAGGCCCUGGACUGUGGGAAAGAUCUGGAGAGCGUGCAGAGGCUGCUGCAGAAACACGAGGAGCUAGAGCGGGAAGUGCACCCCAUCCAGGCCCAGGUGGAGUCCCUAGAGCGUGAAGUGGGCCGCCUCUGCCAAAGAAGCCCUGAGGCAGCCCACGGCCUCAGGCACAGGCAGCAGGAGGUGGCUGAGAGCUGGUGGCAGCUCCGGAGCAGGGCCCAGAAGCGGAGGGAGGCGCUGGAUGCCUUGCACCAAGCUCAGAAACUCCAGGCAACGCUGCAGGAAUUGCUGGUCAGCGCCCAGAGGCUGCGGGCUCAGAUGGACACGAGCCCCGCUCCUCGCAGCCCUGUGGAAGCCCGGCGUAUGUUAGAAGAGCAUCAGGAGUGCAAGGCCGAGCUGGACUCCUGGACAGACAGCAUCACUGCCCAAAGCACUGGGCAGCAACUGCUCACAGCGGGGCACCCCUUCAGCUCCGACAUUCGCCAGGUGCUGGCUGGCUUAGAACAGGAGCUGAGCAGCCUGGAAGGGGCCUGGCAGGAGCAUCAGCUACAGCUGCAGCAGGCCCUGGAGCUACAGCUGUUUCUGAGCUCAGUGGAGAAGAUGGAACGUUGGCUUUGCAGCAGGGAAGACUCCCUAGCCAGUGAGGGUCUAUGGGACCCCUUGGCCCCCGUGGAGCCCCUUCUGUGGAAGCACAAGAUGCUGGAGCGGGACCUGGAGGUGCAGGCGGGAAAGAUCAGUGCUCUGGAGGCCACGGCCCGCGGCCUGCACCAGGGUGGGCACCCCGAGGCCCAGAGUGCCCUGGACAGGUGCCAGGCCAUGCUUCUGAGGAAGGAGGUGCUCUUCAGGCAAGCCGGGACCCGCCGCCAUCGCCUGGAGGAGCUCCGGCAGCUGCAGGCCUUGCUGCAGGACUCCCAGGAGGUGGCUGCGUGGCUGAGGGAAAAGAACCUGGUGGCCUUGGAGGAGGGUUUGCUGGACACAUCCAUGCUGCCAGCACAGUUACAGAAGCAGCAGAAUUUCCAGGCGGAGCUGGACGCGAGCAUGCACCAACAGCAGGAGCUGCAGCGGGAGGGACAGAGGCUGCCAGGGGGCCACCCAGCCUCGGAGGCCAUCCAGGAGCGACUGGAGGAGCUGGGAGCACUCUGGGGUGAGCUGCAAGACAACUCCCAGAAGAAGGUGGCCAAGCUCCAGAAGGCCUGCGAGGCCCUGCGUCUGCGGCGGGGCAUGGAGGAACUGGAGAACUGGCUGGAGCCCAUCGAGGUUGAGCUGAGAGCCCCCACUGUGGGCCAGGCCCUGCCUGGGGUGGGUGAGCUCCUGGGCACACAGAGGGAGCUGGAGGCAGCAGUGGACAAGAAGGCCAGGCAGGCUGAGGCACUGCUGGGCCAGGCCCAGGCCUUUGUGAGGGAAGGCCACUGCCUUGCCCAAGAUGUGGAAGAGCAGGCCCGGCGGCUGCUUCCGAGGUUCAAGAGCCUGAGGGAGCCCCUGCAGGAGCGCAGGAUGGCCCUGGAGGCCCAGAGCCUCCUCUUGAAGUUCUUCAGGGACGCCGACGAGGAAAUGGCCUGGGUGCAGGAGAAGCUGCCUCUGGCCGCUGCCCAGGACAAUGGCCAGAGCCUGAGUGCGGUGCGGCACCUGCAGGAGCAGCACCAGAACCUGGAGAGUGAGAUGAGCAGCCACGAGGCUCUGACCCGGGUGGUGCUGGGCAAUGGGCACAAGCUGGUGCAGGCUGGGCACUUUGCCGCCCACGAGGUGGCCGCCCGGGUGCAGCAGCUGGAGAAGGCCAUGGCCCACCUGCGGGCAGAGGCGGCGCAGAGGCGGCUUCUGCUGCAGCAGGCUCAGGAGGCCCAGCAGUUUCUGACUGAGCUCCCGGAGGCGGGAUCCUGGCUGGCUGAGCGGGGCCGUGUCCUGGACAGCGAGGACAUGGGCCACAGUGCUGAAGCCACACAGGCCCUUCUGCGGCGGCUGGAGGCCACCAAGAGAGACCUGGAAGCGUUCAGCCCACGCAUCGAGCGGCUGCAGCAGACAGCAGCACUCCUGGAGAGCAGGAAGAACUCAGAAAGCCCCAAGGUGCUAGCCCAGCUGCAGGCAGUUCGGGAGGCCCACGCAGAGCUGCUGCGGAGGGCAGAGGCCAGGGGGCACGGCCUGCAGGAGCAGCUGCAGCUACACCAGCUGGAGGGAGAGACCCUGCUCCUCGACGCCUGGCUGACCACCAAGGCGGCCACCGCCGAGUCCCAGGACUACGGGCAGGACCUGGAGGGUGUCAAGGUGCUGGAAGAGAAGUUUGAUGCUUUCAGAAAGGAAGUGCAGAGCCUGGGCCAGGCCAAGGUGUAUGCCCUGAGGAAGCUGGCAGGCACCCUGGAGCGGGGUGCACCCAGGCGCUAUCCCCACAUCCAAGCCCAGAGGAGCCACAUUGAGGCCGCUUGGGAGAGGUUGGACCAAGCAAUAAAAGCCUGCACAGAGAACUUGGCUGCAGCCCAUGAGGUCCACAGCUUUCAGCAGGCAGCGGCUGAGCUCCAAGGAAGGAUGCAGGAGAAGACGGCCCUGAUGAAGGGAGAGGAUGGAGGCCACAGCCUGUCAUCUGUGCGGACCCUGCAGCAACAGCACAGGCGCCUAGAGAGAGAGCUGGAAGCUAUGGAGAAGGAGGUGGCACGGGUACAGACGGAGGCCUGCCGACUGGGCCAGCUACAUCCUGCAGCUCCGGGGGGCCUGGCCAAGGUGCAGGAGGCCUGGGCCACCCUGCAGGCGAAGGCCCAGGAGCGAGGCCAGCGGCUGGCGCAGGCUGCACAGGGCCAUGCCUUCCUCGGGCGCUGCCAGGAACUGCUAGCAUGGGCACAGGAGAGGCAGGAGCUGGCUGAGGACGUGGCGGGGGCUGAGCAGCUCCUUGGGCAGCAUGAAGAGCUGGGGCAAGAAAUCAGGGAGUGCCGCCUUCAAGCCCAGGACCUGCGGCAGGAAGGACAGCAGCAGGUGGACAACAGCCACUUCAUGUCCGCGGAGGUGACAGAGUGCCUGCAGGAGCUGGAAGGGCGGCUGCAGGAGCUGGAGGAGGCUUGGGCCCUGCGCUGGCAACGCUGUGCCGAGAGCUGGGGCCUGCACAAGUUUCGGCAGAGGCUGGAGCAGGCUGAGGCCUGGCUGGCCUGCCGGGAGGGCCUCCUGCUGAAGCCCGACUAUGGGCACUCAGCCUCAGAUGUGGAGUUGCUGCUGCAGAGACACCAGGACUUAGAAAAGCUGCUGGCAGCCCAGGAAGAGAAGUUUGCCCAAAUGCAGAAGACAGAGAUGGAACAGGAGCUCCUGCUGCAGCCACAGGAGCUGAAGCCCGGGAGAGCUGGCAGCUCGCUGACAUCCUGUCAGUGGAGGCCCUCUGGACACCAGGGGCUAGGAGCACAGCUGGCUGAGACGAGGGACCCCCAGGAUGCAAAGGGUACCCCCACCAUGGAGGGGUCUUUGGAGUUCAAGCAGCACCUGCUGCCUGGCGGGAGGCAGCCUAGCUCGAGCUUCUGGGACAGCUGCCGCGGGACCUUGCAGGGCAGCUCUCUGAGCCUGUUGGAUGAGAGGAUGGCAGCGGAGAAAGUAGCUUCCACAGCCCUCCUUGACCUCACGGGAGCCCGGUGUGAGAGGCUGCGGGGCCGCCAUGGCAGGAAACACACAUUCUCCUUAAGGCUGACCAGUGGGGCAGAGAUCCUGUUUGCGGCACCGUCCGAAGAGCAGGCUGAGAGCUGGUGGCGAGCCCUGGGCAGCACUGCAGACAGUAAGCAAGCCAGGUUCUACUUGGAGGAAUAUAUAGAGACAACCCUUUGGACUUUCUUCCGUGGUCAGCGUGCUCUGCUGAGGCUCCGUGUGGACAGUGUGUUCAGGGAAUGUGUCUGGGAUCCUAGCUCUGUCGCUGGUUCCCCUGGACUCUCCUCCCAAGAGUCUGUCUUCCCAGAAGCCCAAAGGGAUCUUGAGUUGUUCGACAUUCCAGAAUCCCCCACCUCCUAAGAAAGCUCAGCCUUUCUUAACUCGCCUGUGAGGAGUUUCCUAAGAGGCAGGACGCAUGGGGGCAAAACCUGCCCACAAGUGCUCAGCCCGCCCCGCACCCCCACGUGGGAAGGGCCUGGCAUGGCCAGGCCGCCUAAGGCUGUGCUGAGCCUCCAGAAGCUGGAGGAAGGAGCAGCCAGACCUGGCGCCUGCAGAUGGUCUGGGCCGGGCUAA